AUAGGAAUGCCAAGUCUUCACCCCCAAUACCCUUCCCCUCUUUCCAUCGCUCUCUGAUUUCCGGCCGCUGCCAUUGUUCAGUGCCACCAUGCCAACCGUCAGCGUUGGAAGAGACCGUCUGUACGAAGCCCUAGGCUGUACUUAUACCUAUGAAGAAUUCGACGAAUUGUGCUUUAAGUUUGGUAUUGAGCUCGAGGAGGCUACAACAGAAAAGGCAAUGCAAAGAAAAGAGAAGCAUCUGGAGGAAGAGGCGACUGAAGAUGAUGGAGAGAUUAUAUACAAAAUUGAAGUUCCAGCAAACAGAUAUGAUUUGCUUUGUCUUGAAGGGCUAGCUCAAGCUCUCCGAAUAUUUGGUGGGCUUGAUCCUAUCCCUACAUAUAAGGUGGCAAAUAUUGGUAAAGAAUCUAUGCUUGAAAUGCGUGUCGGAAAAGAGACAUCCAAGAUCCGCCCAUAUGUUGUGUGCGCUGUCUUAAGAGGUGUAACAUUUGAUGAGGCUAGGUACAAUAGCUUCAUUGAUCUACAAGAUAAGCUGCAUCAGAACAUUUGCAGGCGAAGAACCUUGGUGGCAAUUGGUACCCAUGACCUAGAUACAAUUGAAGGACCUUUCACAUAUGAGGCUUUGCCUCCUUCGGAAAUUAAUUUUGUGCCAUUAAAGCAGACCAGAAACUUCAGAGCUGAUGAGCUGAUGGAAUUUUACAAAUCGGAUUUGAAGUUGAAGAAGUUUCUGCACAUAAUCGAGAAUUCACCAGUGUACCCUGUUAUAUAUGAUUGUAAAAGGACUGUUUUGUCUUUGCCCCCCAUUAUCAACGGUGCACAUUCGGCCAUUACGUUGAAAACAAAGAACGUGUUUAUAGAAUGUACAGCCACAGAUUUGACGAAGGCCAAUGUUGUUUUGAACACAAUGGUAACUAUGUUUUCAGUGUACUGUGAGCGGAAGUUUGAAGUUGAACCAGUUAAAGUAACAUAUCCUGAUGGAAAAUCGUUUGUUUAUCCUGAUCUCUCAAUCUACAAUAUGAAUGUGCCUUUGUCCUACAUCACUGGCAUCAUUGGAGUUCAAUUGCCAGAGAAUGAGGUGGCUAGUUUGUUGCAUAAAAUGCAAUUGCGUGCAGUGGAAUCUGUCUCAGAAAAUGCAGAAGUCAAGUUUGUCGUAUCGGUACCCCCCACAAGAAGUGAUGUCCUUCAUCCUUGUGAUGUAGCAGAGGAUGUUGCAAUUGCUUAUGGCUACAAUGAGAUCCCGAAGAGAAGACCUGCAUCAUUGAAGCCUUUACCUCUCAGUCAAUUUAGUGAUCUAAUUCGGUCGGAGAUUGCAAUGGCUGGUUAUACGGAGGUCCUAACAUGGAUCUUGUGUUCCAAGAGAGAAAUUUCUUCCAUGUUGAACUGUGAAGAGGAUAAGUCUGCUGUAAUCAUUGCUGAUUCUCGUACAUCUGAAUUUGAGGUUGUGCGGACUAAUCUCAUGCCUGGAUUAUUGAGAACCGUUGGACAUAACAAGGACCAUCCAAAGCCUAUGAAGAUUUUUGAGGUUGGUGAUGUAGUCCUGUUAGAUGGCACAAAGGAUGUUGGUGCAGUAAACCGUCGCCACCUUGCUGCUCUGUAUUGCGGCGCUAACUCAGGAUUUGAGCUAAUACAUGGUCUAGUCGACAGAAUCAUGGAAGCAACUGGAACUUCUUUUGUAUCACCUGGGGACUGUGAAGGCUACUACAUAGAAAGAUCAGAGGAGCCUGCAUUUCUUCAGGGAAGACAAGCUAAAAUUGUUUACAAAGGAAAUCGAAUUGGAACAUUCGGAAUUGUGCACCCUAAGGUCCUCAAGGAAUUUGACAUCCCAGAUCCAUGCUCCUUUGUGGAGCUUGACAUGCAGAGUUUCUUGUAAUGUGGUGACAAUUUUGACAGAUGUCUCUCUGUUCGGUAAUUGAGGUAGAAUUUGAAAGAUGAUCCACAUACAUUUUGGUUCGAUUAUUGUAUGACAGGAAACCCUCCUCUCUCAAGCAUCAUGUUUGAUAUAACGGAAAAGAGCCAAAAAUGCCCUUUAACGUAUUGAAAAUGGUUCAAAAAUA